GUCUUCUGCUCAAGUUAUCAUGACUGUCACCUGACUAAAACAAGUUCAUGUUACAUGUUAUUUGAUGCUAGCCGGUGAAUCUUGAACAGGGUAAAAGUCACAGUUAAUGUAUUAAAAUCGCCAAAAAGAGUUGAAACUGCAAGAAAUGACGCACGUUAUAGCUACAGAGAAUGAUUUGUCGUUAUUGCAGCUAGCUAGCUAGGUAGCUAGCUAGCUACAUUAAUGCUCUUCUGUUGAGUUCCUUCGGCUGUGAAUAUUUUGGAAAUACUGGAAUUGAAAUGCCUCGGGCAGCGUCUAUCAUCAGUGGAAUCCAGCGGAUGGUUCUGUAUGAAACCAGAGCUAGAUAUUUUUUGGUAGGGAACAAUCAGGCAGAGACAAGGCACAGAGUCUUGAAGAUUGACCGCACUGAACCCAAGGACCUGGUCAUAAUUGAUGAUAAGCACGUGUACACUCAGCAUGAGGUUCGGGACCUACUGGGCCGCCUGGACCUGGGCAACCGCACCAAAAUUAGCCAAAAGGGGUCCUCAGGCCUGUCUAGAGCCGUCUCAGCCUAUGGCAUUGUGGGGUUUGUGCGUUUCCUUGAGGGAUACUACAUUGUGCUGAUUACUAAACGCAGAAAGGUGGCGGACAUCGGCGGUCGCGCCAUCUACAAGAUUGAAGACACAAGCAUGAUCUACAUCCCCAAUGAUUCAGUGAGGGUGGCCCACCCUGAUGAAGCGAGAUAUGUGCGGAUCUUUCAGAACAUGGACCUUUCCAGUAACUUCUACUUCAGCUACAGCUACGACCUGAGCCACUCGCUGCAGUACAACCUGACUUUACUGCAGAGGCCUUAUGACCCGUGGUUGUCAGAAGCUCCCUCCACUGAGGAGGAGGUGCACCCGCAGAGCAAGCAGGACAGCUUCGACAUCUUUGAAGAUGAGGGUGUGCCUACGCAGGUGGUUUAUGGCGUCCAGAACGAGCCGUACUACAAGUACGUGUGGAACGGCAAGCUGCUGGAGCGAGUCAAGGACAUCGUGCACCCUGACUGGCUCAUGUAUAUAAUCCAUGGCUUUUGCGGCCAGUCGAAGCUCCUCAUCUACGGCCGACCCGUUCACAUCACCCUCAUUGCCAGGCGCUCCAGCAAAUUUGCCGGAACCCGCUUCCUUAAAAGAGGAGCCAACUGUGAGGGGGAUGUGGCCAAUGAGGUGGAGACCGAGCAGAUCGUCCACGACGCCUCCGUCACGUCUUUCACAGCCGGGAGUUACUCCUCGUACGUCCAAGUGCGAGGUUCCGUCCCACUGUACUGGUCACAGGACAUUUCCACCAUGAUGCCAAAGCCCCCCAUACGACUGGACCAGGCGGACCCCUACGCCCAUGUGGCUGCCCUGCACUUUGACCAGAUGCUGCAGAGGUUUGGAUCUCCCAUCAUCAUCCUCAACUUGGUCAAGAAACGUGAAAAAAGGAAACACGAGAAGAUUCUGAGCGAGGAGCUCUACCCGGCUGUGAUCAACCUGAACCAGUUCCUCCCUCCAGACCACUGCAUCGACUACAUCGCGUGGGACAUGGCCCGCUACACCAAGAGUAAGUUGUGCAACGUGCUCGACCGUCUGAGUAUGAUCGCAGAGAACGUGGUCAAAAGAACCGGUUUCUUUAUCAAUCGGCCCGAAUUCUACUGCCACACGCUCAGACCAGACGACAGGUGGGGGGAUUUGGGUGGACACAUCACAACCAGGGAGCGAGUCCAGACUGGUGUGCUGAGAACCAACUGUGUGGACUGCCUGGACCGGACCAAUACCGCCCAGUUCAUGGUGGGAAAGUGUGCACUGGCCUAUCAGCUGUAUGCGUUGGGGCUGAUUGACAAGCCCAAGCUGCAGUUUGACACUGACUGUGUGAGGCUGUUUGAGGAGCUGUAUGAGGAUCACGGGGAUACUCUGUCCUUGCAGUACGGCGGAUCCCAGCUGGUCCACAGGGUCAAAACCUACCGGAAGAUCGCCCCUUGGACUCAGCACUCCAAAGACAUCAUGCAGACACUGUCACGCUACUACAGCAACGCGUUCUCAGACGCCGACCGACAGGACGCCAUCAAUCUGUUCCUCCAGGUCUACGAGCCGUCGGAAUCCAAGCCGCACCUGUGGGAGCUGCCCACUGACUUCUACCUGCAUCAGAGGAGCACCAUGGCCCUGCUCCAAGACAGACGCAGCUACACGUUGUGGUGGUCAGAGGGAAUCCUGUCCUCGCUCCCCGUGGCCUAUGAUGAAGUUUCUUGCGAGGACAACAUGAAGAAGAUCAAAGUGAAGCGAGUCAACCAGUUCGAUGAAAGUAUCGACGUCUACACGGAGUUCUUCAAACCUUACGAGCUGACCUCCUUCGAUGACAAGUUCUGCAUCAGCAUGACCAACUCUGCAAGGGAAUUUAUGCCCAAGACAGUUGGAGUGGAUCCAAGCCCAUUCACCGUUCGCAAGCCAGAGGAAACAGGGAAAUCAGUUCUGAGCAGCAAGAGCAGCAAGGAGGAGACGCUGCUCCAGAGGAAGACUGCGGCCAGCGCCCCCCCUCCCCCGAGCGAGGAGGCCAUCUCCAGCACGUCGGAGGACGACUCGGAGGACGACCGCGACGACGACGGCUCCGUCUCCCAGCGCUCCACCCCCGUCAAGCUGCUGACCGAGCCUGGGGAGAGCGGUCGCACGCAGGAGGAGACUCAGCAGCAGCUGGUGAACAAGGACCUAUAUGGACUUAAUCUGGCUAAAUUUCCUUCUGAAACGGAUCUGCUGAUUUAUGAAAGGUUUGCACAUCUGGGCGAGAACCAGCACAAAGUGGAGAGAACAGAACACAUAACGCUGGCAAACAUCAUCUGCUUAGAGCCGGUGUCCUGCUUCUCGGACGACAGCGUGUACGGCCUCUCCCCUCCGCAGGUGGACCGGGACAGCCGCGACGUGUUCGAGAGCCAUGUGAUGGCCGGACAGGGGCAGGUGAGGGCGCUGUGCCGGGACGACGUGCUGAUGUACAGGGAAUACGUCAAGAACAGGUACAUGUGAGACACCUGGAUCUCAUGGGCCUCUGUUGCUCAUAUGCACGGACCCAGUCCCAUCGAUAACCCUCUGUUUGACGCCAGCAACAGUGUAACAUGUUUUUUCUGAUGUGUAACCUUGUAAAGACGCUUUUUAUUUGUUUUGUCAUUCUUUUUAUAUCUGUUUUAAGUUUGAUUAGAGUUUAGCCAUUUUAAUAAAUUUAAUUUAAUGAGACGCACAUUUCAGACCUUCAUCAACGAUUCAACAAGUGGUUGGUCAAAACCUAUGUCACAUGAAAUUUGUGAUUCUGUUCUCUUCCUCUACUGCGUUUUGGAGAUGUCAGAAGAUAUUUGUGUACUUUAGUUCACAAUUAAAGCAUUAAUUAUUAUUCAUC